AUGGAAAGUGAGGGAGACAUUAAUUCCACUACCGCCACCAACGUCAAGCAAAAUGUUGGGAGGAAGCAUCACAAGAGAAAGAAUAACUCUAAGAGAAGUGAGGAGGUGCCGCUUGAGCCUACAUCAAGCGAGGCCCUAACAUCCUACUCAUCCUCGGUCACUGAGGUUAGUGAUGAUGAGCGAGGUGAGGAGCCCAUGGAUGUCACGCCCCGCAUGGAGUGGAUUGCAAAGGUGGAUGCUGCCCGGCAAGCUGUGGAGAUAUUAGGCAAGCGCUUGAACAAGGUCGAUGGCAAGUUCAAGUCUCUAGAAGAGUUCACCCUUGAGAAGAACAAUAACAUCCGAAAGGAGUUGGAGGUGCGCAAGGCUACUGAGUACGAGAUAAAGGAGGUGAUCACUUUCUUGGAGUGUCGACUCAUGGAUGCACUAAGCACAAUGGAUACCAUGAAGGCUGAGAUGGGAGCACUCAAAGGAGACAUAGAUGCUGAGAGAUGCAUGAUGUCCAAGUUCCGAAACGAGUUCAAGAAGUCCUUCUUCCCCAACAAUGUCAUCUAUGAGGCCAAACACAAGUUUCAGGAAUUGAAGCAAACGGGUAGCAUACGGGCCUAUGUGAAGGAGUUCACUACUCUCACACUUCAGAUUCUCAACCUCACGGAUGAAAGCAUGCUCUUCCACUUUAUGGAUGGACUACAGAGUUGGGCGAGGAAAGAGUUGGAGCGUCGUCAUGUCAGCACCAUCGAUGAGGCCAUCACCCAAGCCGAAGCUCUGACGGACUUUAAGCAUGACAAGCAUGAUAGGGGCAAGGGCAAAGAAACAAGGAGUAGUCAUGCCAAAGGUGGGGGAGAUCGUGGCAAAGGCAAAGAGCAACAUCCUCCACCCAAGAGCCAUGAUUCCAACAAGUCCAACGAUAGGAGGUUCAGGCGACAGGGCUACGCCGAGAGAAAGGAGAAGACCACGAAGGGCAACGGCUGCUACAUAUGUGGAGGUCCUCAUGGCUAUGCUAGGUGUCUAGAGAUGAAGAACCUUGGUGCCAUACUGCGGGAGCGAAAGGACAAGGAACUGGACCAAGGGCAGGGUUCGGACAUGACUCAGCUAGGCAUGAUCGGGCUAUGUGGAGCCAUCGCGAAGCAAACUGAGAAGGUAGGGGAUUAUUCUGCCCAAUAUAUUGACAUAUCCAUCAACGGACGACCAUCUUGUGCCAUGGUGGAUUCUGGAGCAGAAGCCAACAUCAUGACCAAGACGGCAGCAGCAAGGUUGGGGCUAAGUUAUGAGUCAAGCAACACCCUCCUGAAGACGGUCAAUGCGUCAUUGACUCCCGUGUGCGGAGUCUCUCAUGGAGUGGACAUCACGUUGGGCAAGUGGCAAGUCAAGAUGCCGAGGAAGGAAGGACAAGCCCACUUGUCGGCCAUGCAGCUUGUGAGGGGCCUAAAGAAGUGGGAGCCGACGUUCGUAGCCACCAUUGUGAGCUUGGAUGAAGGCAAUGGUGCUAAGGAGACAUUGCCACCUUGCAUAGAAAAGGUACUUGAAGAAAAUAGAGACGUGAUGCCCGAAGAGUUGCCAAGACACCUACCUCUGAGGCGCGAGGUAGACCACAAAAUCGAGCUGGAGCUAGGAGCAAGGACGCCCGCAUACCCUCUAUACCACAUGGUUCCACCCGAGUUAGAGGAGCUAAAGAAGCAGUUGAAGGAGUUCCUCGAGGAGAAGUGCGAGUUUACCCAACAUGAAGUGCACUUCUUGGGAUACGUUAUCAGCCAUGGAGAGCUACGGAUGGACGAGGCAAAAGUUUGGGCCAUUAAAGAGUGGGAGGUGCCCACAAAGAGCGAGGAGUGCAAGGAGGCCUUUGAAGACCUCAAGGCUGCCGUAAUAGAGGAGCCGAUCCUAGCGUUGCCUGACUUCUCCAAGACAUUCGAAGUGCAUACGGAUGCCUCCGACUAUGCCAUUGGGGGAGUAUUGAUGCAAGAGAGGCACCCUAUCGCCUUCGAAAGCCGCAAGCUGAACGAGACAGAACGGCGGUACACCGUGCAGGAGAAGGAGAUGAUAGCCAUCCAAGCUAGGUGGCAAGACUUCUUGGCUGAAUUUGACUACGAGCUGGAGUACAAGCCGGGCAAAGGCAAUGUUGUGGCCGAUGCCCUUAGCAGGAAGUUCAAACUGGCGGCCAUCACCACAGCACAUUGUGAUAUCCAGGAUGCAAUCAAGAAUGGCCUGCAGCAUGAUCCAGAGGCAAAGAAGCUUAUGGAGUUAGCCGUUCAGGGCAAGACAAGGCGCUUCAGGGUAGAAGAUGGACUCUUGCUUACCGCCGGGCGAAGGAUCUAUGUGCCGAAAUUCGGAGCUAUCAAGCGACAAAUCAUGAAGGAAAGUCACGACACAUUAUGGGCCGGAUAUCCAGGGCAGCGUCACACAAGGCAAGACAAAGUAGAGCAGCGUCAGCCAGGAGGACUCAUGGAUCCCCUUCCCAUAGUGGAGCGUCCAUGGGAGAGCGUGACCAUGGACUUCAUCACAUGCUUGCCGAAGUCCGACGGGUAUGGGACAAUUAUGGUCGUAGUGGAUAGGUUCUCCAAGUAUGUCAGCUUCAUGCCCGCCACGGUAGGUUGCACUGCUAAGGAGGCUGCCAGGCUAUUCUUCAAGAACGUGGUGAAGUAUUGGGGAUUGCCAAGGCACAUCAUCAGUGAUAGAGACCCACGCUUUACCAGGAACUUUUGGAGAGAAUUGUUCAAGAUUCUUGGCACGAAAUUACAUUUCUCCACUAGUUUCCACCCGCAAACAGAUGGCCAGAUGGAGUGA